UAUCCAGCCAGGGAAUCCCCUGGUCUGAGACAGUAGAGAAAAGACAUGGCAUCUUCAUGGCUGUCAGGCUGGAGCUUCCUGCUCUUGCUGUGCAUGCUGGGCUCUGUAGUGCAGUCUGAGCCCACCUACAAGACCCUGUACUUUGAGCAGAAGAUUGACCACUUUGGCUUCUAUGAGGACUCCACUUUUAACCAGCGUUACCUUGUCUGCUAUAUACACUGGAGAAGACCUGGGGGCCCCAUCCUCUUCUAUACCGGCAAUGAAGGCGACAUCACCUUGUUCAGCAAUAAUACAGGCUUUAUGUGGGAUGUAGCUGAGGAUCUCGGAGCCAUGAUAGUGUUUGCAGAGCACCGUUAUUAUGGCGAGUCUAUGCCCUAUGGUAACCUGUCCUACAGUGAUCCCAAGUACUUGAAUUAUCUGACCUCGGAGCAGGCUCUGGCAGACUUUGCCGUUCUAAUCCGGUCCAUCAAAGAAACUGAUGGUGCCCAGGAUAGUGCAGUGAUCGCCAUCGGGGGCUCGUAUGGAGGGAUGCUGGCGGCCUGGCUCAGAAUGAAGUAUCCUCAUGUUGUAGUGGGGGCUCUUGCUGCCUCUGCCCCCAUUUGGCAGUUUGAAGAUUUGGUUCCCUGUAAUCUGUAUUAUCAAAUUGUGACCAACGACUUCAAAAAAAGCGGGGCGGGAUGCGCCGAAAGUAUCACCAAGUCCUGGUCGGCCAUAAAUCGCAUGUUUGAAACUGAUGACGGCAUUCGAUGGUUGUCCGGCGCGUUUCACUUGUGCUCUCCUCUGAAGUGUCAGAAUGAUGCUGCGGACUUUAAAAACUGGUUAAGUGAGACCUGGGUGAACCUGGCUAUGGUGGACUAUCCCUAUCCGGCCAACUUCCUGGAGCCUCUGCCAGCCUGGCCUAUCAAGGAGGUUUGCAAGUAUUUGAGAAAUCCAAACCUGGAUGACAAAGAGCUGCUGCAGAACAUCUUCCAGGCAAUUAAUGUAUAUUAUAACUACACUGGAAACACCCCGUGUCUCAACACCUCUCAGACGGCUGUCGGGAGCCUGGACGACCUUGGCUGGAGUUAUCAGGCUUGCACAGAAAUGGUGAUGCCGUUCUGCUCUGAUGGGGUCACAGACAUGUUUGAGCCUCAGAAGUGGAAUUUUGAGGCUUUUUCGGAUGAGUGUUAUAAACAAUGGGGCAUCAGGCCUCGUCCCGAAUGGAUCACAUCAGUUUAUGGUGGAAAGAACAUCAGUGCUGCUAGCAACAUCAUCUUCAGCAAUGGUGAUCUAGAUCCGUGGUCAGCCGGUGGCGUCAAGCAGAGCCUCAGCGACUCCCUAAUCGCCAUCCUCAUCAAGGACGGGGCUCAUCAUCUGGACCUGCGCUCUAAUAACGCUUAUGACCCCAAGUCUGUGAUUGAGGCGCGGGCCUUGGAGGUGUCCUAUAUGAAGAAGUGGAUUAAAGAGCACAGUCAGCAAGUGAAUGGAGUUUAAUUGGUCUUCGCAUCUGGUGGACCAUGUCUGAAACUUCUCAGAAUAUGGAUGGCAGAACUUUCCUUGUUGCCUGCUUAUAUUUCCUGCAUGGAAAUCAAAAGCUUUCAUCUGUUGGAGGCUGCAGGACAUUGUGUGUACAUCAAAUCUAUUGACAGCAUAUCUAUGGAAGGGACUGACAUUGGACCUGAAGGGCAUCUUGGCAUUUUUGCUCCUUUCUUAAAACUGUCUAUACAUUCCAUAUUCAGGACAGGAAAUUGAUCUAUUAUGUUUUUUUUUGUUUUCUUUUGGCUUUUGGUGGCUCCUUUUUCAAAUGCCAGUUUAGGGCAUGGUUAUCUAACGGUAGAACACUCCAUAUCCACCCCAACACCACCACUCGCAACUCCCAUUGUGUCCAAUGUAUCCAGAAGCACAGCCUUGAGCCUCUGUUGUCCGAAACCUGGAUUUAUGAGACAGGGUUGUCAGAAUCGGUCACUCCCUGGCACCAUUUUUGGUGCCGACUCCACUCAGCUGCACUAAGUUCCCGACUUUUAUAAAGCACCACCUCUGAGGAUUUGGAAUGGCUUUAUACAUAUCGAACACACUAGUGUUUUUGAACCUCUCGGAUGCAACAGUAAAAAGCCACCACGGCAUCUAAGCGGUUAGACAAAGAGGCCCCCUCUGUUACCCCAUUGACACCUCUGUGACAUGAUUGUGGGGUGCCAGUGAGUUUUCUUGGUAGGCAGGGUCUUAAAGGGGUUGUCUCACUUCAGCAAACUGCAUUUAUCAUGUAGAGAAAGUUAACACAAGCCUCUUAUUAAUGUAUUGUGAUUGUCCAUAUUGCUUCCUUUGCUGGCUGGAUUCAUUUUUCCAUCACUUUAUGCACUGCUUGUUUCCAUGGUUACGACCACCCUGUAAUCCAGCAGCGGUGGUCGUGCUUGCACACUAUAGGAAAAAGCUCUGGCUUAUGCGCACUUCCGGCCACUUUCUAUAGUGUGCAAGCACGAAGUGCGCAUAAGCCAGAGCUUUUUCCUAUAGUGUGAAAGCACCACCACCGCUGAUGGAUUACAGGGUGGUCGUAACCAUGAAAAUGAGAAGAGUAUAAUGCGAUGGAAAAACUAAUCAAUCCAGCAAAGGACAGUGCCUUUAUAUUAACUUUAUCUACAUGAUACAUGCCAUUCGCUGAGAUGGUAGAACCCCUUUAAUAAAGAGACCCCCAGGUCUGCCAUUUUUGUAUGUUCCGAUUAUACCCUACUGCAAUGAAAACUACAGUUUUUGUCCCAUAGAAAAAUGAACCCUAACACGGCUCCGUCAAGGAAAAAAUAAAAAAGUUAUGGCUCUCAUAACAUGGGAACAUUAAAAAAAAAUUGUUUUUAUAAUUUAUUUUUUAGUGCAAAAAUGAUGCCAGUUAUGGACCUCAGAACAUAAUGAUACAGAAAUGAAAAAAUCAUUGACCAGGUCCUUGUGGCGCUACUUUCCUCAAUCUUUGCAGGUACAUGGUCUCAGUCUAACACAAAGGUGGAGAAUUAAAUUAUUCCUGACAGACGUUGAGGUUGUCGAGCAGUAUAUCCCAAGCUACCGUUCCGGCUCAAAUUACUCAGGUCUUCAGCUGAAGGAUGAAUUGGCGUUCUUCUGAGGAAGGGUAUGGAGGCCUGCUAGUAUUGACCUCACACUUUUCUCCAUCUCCUACUGCCGUAUUAAUCAGAUUUUUGUAAAAAAAAAUACACGGCGGUGGAGCCAUUGAGGUUGAGUUUGACAAGCAGUUUCUCCCUAGCAACUGAGAACGACGCCAAUUCAUUAUUAAACUGGCGGGUACGGAGGCCUGCUAGUAUUGACCUCACACCUUUCUCCAUCUCUUACUGCCGUACUAAUCAGAUUUUUGUAAAAAUGCAUUGAGGUCAAGAUGUCCUUUUUAAUAGAAGAUCUUGAUGUGAUCGGUUUCGUCACGCUGGUCCUCCUGUACAUUUAUUAUUAAAAAAUUUUUCUCCAUCAAGCUGUACACUUUAAGACUGCUGAUUAUUGGGUAUACAGACCAAAAACAUUAGUGCAGAUGUAUAAAAAAAAAUGGUCAUUUCUUACAAAUUGUGCAAAUUUUUUUUCUUUUAAAAAAAAGAACAAAAACAAACCUGUCUUCAACAUGCAGCAUGUUUCUUGCAACCACAUUUGCUUUGUCAAGGCCAAUAGUUUUACUGUGGGAUGUGCAUAAAAUUUACUUGGGGUCCUCAGAAUUUUAGCCUGAAUUUUCCAAAAAAUCCUGGAGAGACCACGCUAUUUUUGUUAAGAACCGGCCAUCAACAUGACCACUAUGAAAGAUAUUUAUGAAACUAAAAACCUGCGUCUGUACUGUGGUGGGUGCGACAUGCCGUAUACUUCAUUGCUUUUACCCUGAAUGGGAGGCACACGAUGCCUCAACCCUCUCCUGUAAUAUAAUAUAUCUGUGAUUUGGGACUGGAUCCUAUCGUAUAAGAAUUAUUAUUUUUUUAUUUUUAUUUUGUCAGAUCUGAUAUAAAACCACAAGUAUCCGGUUUACAUGAUUGGUUUGAUACUGGGCAAUAAAUCUGAAGUUUACUUUA